GAUGGCAUCUGUAUCUGAGCUCGCUUGUAUUUACUCUGCCCUCAUCCUCCACGAUGAUAAAGCCACCGUCACAGAGGACAAGGCUGCCAAUGUGACUAUUGAGCCUUUAUGGCCCAGUCUGUUCUCCAAGGCUCUGGCCAGCGUGGACAUUGGCAGCCUGAUCUGCAACAUAGGUGCCGGUGGUGGAACUGCCCCGGCUGCUGUUGGAGGCGCCGCCCCUGCAGCAGACGCACCAGUCAAGGAGGAGAAGAAGGAAGAAUCCGAGGAGGGUUCCAAUGAUGACAUGGGCUUCGGUCUUUUAGACUAAACCAGUUUUUUGUAACUAAUAAAAUCAAAGAAACAGAAA